AUGGGUGCCAAAGAAGAACAAUACACAAAGUGGCUUCUUUCCGUCGGGAUUGGAGAAAAUUUUUACAACGAUGACAACAUUUUGCUACCAUCCUCUAUGUGCAUGACUACAGAAGAUGAUGUCAUCGAAUGGAUCUAUACGGCCGAAUUAUUAAAUGAUCCUUUGAUGCUUGCGCGAGUUGCUUUGUUCACUGUUCGUAACUGCGACGUAGAAGAACUCAACAUAAAGGUACUGCAGAAGCUAGCAGGACCUGCUGUUGAUUUAGUCGGAAUAGAUACACCCUCUGUAGAGGAGGACGGCUUGCAUGGAUUACCUUGCGACAACGAGGAGUACUUCCAUAACAUCAUGCCGGCGGCAUUGCCACCCUACAUCUUGCGGGUUAAGCCUGGUUCAAUUGUGAUGUUGCUUAGAAAUUUGGAUGUGUCAGCGCAGCUUUGCAAUGGGACAAGACUUGUUGUAUUAUCAAUUAUUGGCGAAGGGAAACUUCUUCAUUGCAAGAAUCUGACGAAUGGCGAAGAUGCAUUCAUACACAGGAUGAAUCUUGAUUAUGCAAACGAAAAGACCGGCGUUUGUUUCUGCAGAUUCCAGUUCCCCGUUCGGCUCGCAUUUUGUAUGACCAUCAACAAAAGUCAAGGGCAAACGUUCGAUAAAGUGGGCGUUAUUCUGCGUACUCCCUCGUUCGCACAUGGUAGCACUUAUGUGGCAUUAUCGCGGUGCACAAGUAGCAGCGGUAUAAGGGUUACGAGGAAUUGGUUGGAUACAGUCCCACAAGCUCCGGUAAUCAGGAAUGUUGUCUACGACGAAAUAACACGUUCAUAA